CCAGAUCGAGCUCAGUCUGCUUCCUUUUUUUUUUUUUCAUUUGUCGUCUCCAGUUUAUCAGCAUGAGGGUUCACGGAUUUUUGUCCCUGCUGGGUGUUUUCAUGGUGUUUUCAAGAGCGGACGCUGUCUUUGCUCACGGUGUGCUUCGUUGCCUCUUCACAUCCACUGAAGACGUCCUUUAUCUGGAGCAGAUCUACUUCAAUAAGUUGCUCUUGGGGCAGUACAACAGCACUUUGGGAAAGUACACUGGCUACACCGAGAAAGCACAUGAGAAAGCAGAGGCACUCAACAAAGACAAAAAAGCCUUGGACCAAGAAAAGAUUAAGUUCCUCAUAUGUAAAUUCCACAUCUCAUGGGUGCUUGACAAGAUCUCAAAACCAGUUGAACCUACUGUGAAGCUGACCUUAGUGGAGGCAACAGGAGGCCGACAUCCCAACAUGCUCGUCUGCAGCGCUUACGAUUUUUAUCCCAAACUCAUCCAACUGUCGUGGCUCAGGAACGGAAAAGAGACGAAAACUGAUGUGUUGUCCACCGAGGAGCUGUCCAAUGGAAACUGGUACUACCAGAUCCACUCCUACCUGGAGUUUACCCCAUCACCCGGAGAGAAAAUCAGCUGCAAGGUGGACCACGCCAGCCUCAAGGAGCCCAAACUUUACGACUGGGAACUAUUUGAUGAAUCAGAGAGGAAUAAGUUCGCUGUUGGAGGUGCAGGCCUGCUGCUGGGUUUGCUGGUUUUUGUUGCUGGGCUGAUUUUCUACAAGAAGAACUCAGUAGGCCGGACGUUGGUGCCGACAGGUUAAGGUUGUCGCUGCUACGUUUCUAAAGGUGGAAUCAUCUUCUUGUUUUACUUGAAGCCAAAUACCUUGAGUUGUUUUGGGCAUUGCUGCUAUGUUGAUUCAGAGACACUUAUUCACAUAAUGAAGUUAUUUAUUCAAUAAAACGG